AUGAAUUCGCAAAUUAUGCUCAUGAGCGCGAUGGCCACAGCCUCCGUGGCGUUCGUCGGAUUCCUGGUCUAUCGAGUCAGAUUUCGGUCCAACGAUAUCGAUUUCAUGGAUCAACCGCCGCUGAAAGACAACAGCUCCCUGGAGGAAGAUCUCAGAGACAUACUAGCGUUCGUCCCUUACGAAGAGGUGAAGGAGAUCAUCGACAGGUACAUGAAGUACGACAAUCAGAUCGGAGACACCGUGAGUUUCAUCAACGAUCAGAAGAGAUUCGUCGUUCGAGAGCUACAGAACAUGCCGCAGAUGACCCGUACGAUUAAUUUCUUCCGAAGAAACGGCCUGGACGUCGAUCACUGGCGCGAAAACUUUCGAAGCUUCUGGAAGACGUCACCCAGAUUCAUCAGGAACAACCCGAGCCUGGCCACCGGCGGUCUGACCGUGAUGGUCGACAAAAUCUUACGAACCAUCCCGCUGGACGAGCUGCACGAGCUUCUGCGACAGAAAUACAAGUAUUCCGGAAGCUUUCGCAGAUUCUUGCAGUUUCUCAGAUCCAAGGAUUUCGUUGAAUUGUGUAACGAGUUCGAGGGGAACAGCGUGCUCCAUCAUCAUUUCUUUUGGGCCGCAGAGGUUGGUCUCGAGGUCACGUUCGCGAUCGAUAUAUUUAAGGAAUUCCACGAAUAUCUCACGCGAUCCUUGGUCACGUAG